GUUCAAAGAACAAGCCAGAGUCUAAAUAUGUGCAAAUGAACAAAGACAAGCCCAUGGGGGCAGCCAACUGCCCUUCAAGAAACCAAUCCAACCAUGGAGCAUCCACACAAGGCUGCCUGGCAGAAGAUCGUCAUCUCGCUCCACUCAAUCCAUGAGAUCUUGGAGAAUAUCAUGGACAGAGGUUCAGAAGACAAAGUCGACAGGAUCUCCGAGCACCUGAAUCUCGAUCCAAAGGAUGAACUGAAAUUUCUGGCCAGUGAGGCUCGUAAGGUUCAUGAGAUAGCCAAGGAGGUGGAGUUCAAGCUCACAGGGUGCAAGGAGAAGGGAAGGAAGGAGAAGUGCAAGAUGGAGAGUAUGAUAUCAAGCUUAAUGAAGGAGAACCAUGAUAUCAGUACCUUGCUUCAGGUUGCUAUAACCGAGAAGGAGGCGGCGGAGAGUAGCCUUCGUGAGUUGAAGAGCGAUGGCGAUCAGAGGAAAAGCGCAAUCCUGCAGAUUGCUGAGAAGGGAUUGCAGAAGGUUGGCUUUGGCUACAUCAUGGAGGUGAUAAGCGGGGAACCAGAAAGAGAGGACAUGAGCAGCUCCAGUUCCAGUGCAGCGUCUAAUGGAAGGGAUAGUGAACAAGAGGUUGUCAGUCUGGCUUCAAUGGUUGGAAAGACACUGAAAAAUCUGCAUCAUGAGAUCAGUGACCUCAGACAGGCCUUGGACGAGUCCAGAUCAGAUUGUGAUCAUCUGCAUCUCCUCACUGCUGAACAGUAUCAGAAGAUAAUCAAACAUGAGUCACACAUACAGGAUUUGGAAGAACGAGAAAACUUCCUAGUGCACAGAGUGGAAGAGAUCACUGUAGGGAUAAAAGAAGUAGAACAGGAGGCCACAAGAUGGAGAGAGGCAUGCGAGUUGGAGGUAGAAGCUGGAAAAGCUGCCAUAAAAGAGCUCAAUCAGGAGGUGACCUUACUCAGAGAAGAACUGCGAAGGGUAAAAGCCAACUUGGAGGCUGCAAACAGUAAGCUAGAGCUAAAAGAGAAAUUAGCGGCCAGUGCAAUGGCAGCACAAGCUGCUGCAGAUGCAUGCCUCAAGCUUGCUGACAGUAGAUCUGCUGGGCUACAACAAAGGAUAGAAGAGUUGACAAGGCAAAUAGAGCAAGAAGAUGUACAUGCAAGAAAGGUGCGGAAAAGUGCUCGCAGAGGUAUAAGAUAUGUCUGCUGGCCUUGGCAGCGACUACGAGUCAUAUCAGCAUCCUCUCGUGCUAGGACAUGGUUUGUUGAUCAGAACGGUAGAUUGUUACCAGGGACAGAAGCACUACUUCAAACAAGGAUCUGACUAAGUUCUCACAAUUUCUCUAGACAGCAUACCUAUGUUUCUUAUGAAGUAAGUCCAUGUGGUCUUGUCAUUGUUUCAUAAGAAUUGUUUGAUGUUUCAUACUUACCGGGUCU